GAAGACGUCGACCGAUCGAUGACCGUCGUGGCCAAGGUCUACAUCGUCCGCCACGGCGAGACCGAUGCCAAUCGGCAGGGCAUCAUCCAGGGCCAGCUCGACACCGUGCUCAACGAUGCGGGCAUCAACCAGGCGCGGCUCACCGCAGACGCUCUAGAGGACGUCCCGUUCGGCGCGGCGUACAGCAGCGAUUUGCAGCGGGCGAAGAAGACUGCGGAAAUUGUACUGGAGAGCCAUCCGAACGUCCAGCUGGAAACCACGGAAGCUCUCCGGGAACGGUACAUGGGUGAAUGGCAAGGGGGGAGCGUCGCCAGGCGCACCGACCCGCCUCCGGACCUCGAGCCCGUCAUUGAUUUCACGACGCGCAGCGUAGGAUGGUGGAACAGCACCGUCGCGCUCAACGGAGAUGCGGCGGACGAGGAACUGCUCGGGCUGGACUUCGAGCCCGUUCAUAUCCUGGCCGUGUCUCACGGCGGAUUGAUCGGGAGUCUCAUUACGAAUCUCAUCGGAAGCCGGAAACUGCAAGCCGCGGAAGGGGUCGCCGUUGGAUGGUGCUUCAAUGCAUCGAUAUCAGUGAUUGACGUAGAUGAGACUGGGAAGGGCGUACUGGUUAGCUAUGCGGAUACCACACAUCUAGACGGAGACGUAUUAGAGCACAAUGCGGACGUACGGCUGAACUAA